CCGUUGUCUCCGUUCUCCUUUCAAUGGCCUAACGUUAGCUAUUUAGUUGUGUCUUUAUUUCAUAACUAGUGUCCCUAAAGUAUAUAAAAAAGAAACUCAUGCGGCAUGUAUUUAUUUUAGAAAUGUUACAUUGUUUUCAAAUAUCCCAGUCUUUGAUUAUUUAUCUGAAACAUCCCGAUGCCUUGGACGCGUGUUAACGUAACGUCAGCCUCACUGCAGUCAUCUUCUGUAACCUCCAUGUGACUGAGUGGUGUCUGAAAACAUCGGCAUGGAAAUGUUGAAGAUAGAGCAAGUCAUUGUUGGGAAUGAGAGGAGAUCCACCUCAGCGGAGAUCAAGUCUGAGCCCGUGGUCGCCCCUCUGCAGUCCUAUCAGCAUGAGAGUCUGCAGUGUUUUCAGUGCUUCAUCACCUUCACCAACUCCAAAGCAAAGGAGAGACACAUGAGGAAGAGUCAUCGGGACCAGUACAAACAGCACCUGCAGCAGACUGAUACAGUCUUCACUUGCUAUAAGUGUGACAAGAGUUACUCCUUCUCUGAGGAGCUGAGCCAGCACCAGGCCACCCACAGCACAGAGGAGAAACCCUUCCUUUGUGCUUACUGCCAGAAAAACUUCUUUACCUUUACUGAGCUGAACAAACACAGACGACAUGAGUGCAUAGAACGACGGUGUCCCUGCAGGGACUGUGGCGCCUUGUUCCCCAGCCCUUCACGUCUUCGCAACCAUCGCAUGGCAGUGCACCCCCAGCGCCCCAUAGUGGCUGAUGACAUCAACACCUAUCAAUGCUGCAAAUGUAGUUGUGGUUUCCGCACAGAAGAAGAGCUCCUGCAGCACCAAGAGAAAUUUGCCAAUGAUAUAAACUGUGAUGUUAAGCCGCAAGGCAAAAAACGUGGCCGUAAACCCAAGAACGCAGCUCAAGGAGGGAUUGUUGAGAGCAAGAAGAUCAAACAAGAAGGAGCAGUGGAAUGCAAGGAAGACAAUGACUCUACAACAGAGGGAAGCCCCUCCAAUGAGCUGCAACCGGAGCUCAAGAUUCCUUGUUCCGAAGCAAAUUGUGACUUCAUAUUCCCUUCUGUUGCAGCCCUGCGGGCACACAAACGCGAGGCACAUGGGCCUCCCCCUAGCAAUGCUCGCACAUGCACAGAGUGUGAUGAGAGCUAUGCUGGGCCUGAGCAGCUCAAAGCACACAUGGCUAAGGAUCACCACUCUGGGUACACCUGCCCCACCUGUGGAACGUGUUUUGCAGGAGAAAGCACCCACACUGAAGGAGAGGAGGCAGCAGAAAAAAGAUAAUAUAUGGGGAAAAAAAACUUUAACUUCAUCCUACAUCAUUCAGUUAAAUGAUUGCCAGGGUGUUUCGUACCAUAUUCUGUUUAGUGUAGGUAGGUAUUCACUUUUAUGUGAAUAUUUUAUGGUGAGAGUUUUUGAAGCAAGGUUAUGCAACACAUGAAUUGUGGAGGUUGUUUCUGGAAUGCUGUUUUUCAAUUGCUUUUAGAAAGACUUCCUGCACUUGUUAAUACAACUCUGCACCGAUCUGUACAUAAUUAUGAUUUAUGUCCAUUAUAAGCUCAUGUCACAAGGUCCUUUUUGCUGUCUAUAUUACCUCUAUUGUACCUGGAAUGUUUUUUAUUCAUGUAGACUAACUAGCUAAUUCUCCCUCAAGUUUGGAAUGUUUUGUAUUUAACUACUAUUUUCAGGAUGUACACAUAUGGGUGACAAUUACACAGAGAAUGUAAAUCCUAAACAUCAUGAAAUCCAAAAUCUGAUUAAUGGGCCAGUGUAUAGGAUUCUGUACUAUGGGACUUCAAUAAUGUAAUCUGCGGGUCUUAUUUUUCUCAUUGCAAAAGUAAAUAAUUGUUGAAUUAAACAAGUUAUGUUUCUUUGGGAUCA